AUGGAAGAAAAAGGAGGAGCUAAUACCAACAACGAUACAAAGAGUGAUUCGUCUCAAGUACCAAGAUGCGAUUUUUGCAAGAAGAAUGGUCACUUGGAGAAGAAUUAUUGGAACAAAGGAAAACCCCAAUGUUGCAAUUGCAAGAAGUAUGGACAUUUGGAGAAAGAUUGUAGAUUGAAAGAAGAUGAAGAACAAUCCGGUAUAGCCGAAGAAAAAGAAGAAAAACAAAAAAAAAAUUAUGCUUGUCAAAGUGCCAUGGUGACUUCCAAGAGUGAAGUUUGGUUUGUGGAUAGUGGAUGCACAACUCAUAUGCCCGGUGAAAAAAGCUUGUUUGUUGAUAUGGAUACAUCCAUAAAUUCUCUAAUGAAGAUGGGUGAUGGAAAUAUGGUUCAAGCUAAUGGAAGAGGGACAAUUUGUGUGCAAACUAUCAAUGGAGAAAAAUACAUUAGAUAUGUGUUAUAUGUUCCGGAUUUGGCACAAAACUUGUUAAGUGUUGGAAAACUUGUUGAACUUGUGUAUGCCGUUCAUUUUGAAGAUGGAUAUUGCACUAUUUAUGACAAGAAGCACAACAACAAGAGACAAGUCAUGAAGAGUAUCAAGAUGGAGAAGAAUAGAAUCUUUCCAAUUGUGUUUGAAAAGCAAAAAAAAAUGUUACAUUGA